AUGGACCCCUGCUCUUCUCUCUUCAGCUACGUGUUAAUGCACUUGUUCGUCCUCUGCCUGCAAGCCCAGGUAACUGUUCAGUCCCCACCUAAUUUUACACAGCAUGUGAGGGAGCAGAGCCUGGUGACAGAUCAGCUCAGCCGGCGGCUUGUCCGUACCUACCAGCUGUACAGCCGGACCAGCGGGAAACAUGUGCAGAUCUUGGACAACAAGAAAAUCAAUGCCAUGGCAGAGGAUGGGGAUGUGCACGCCAAGCUCAUCGUGGAGACAGACACCUUUGGGAGCCGCGUGCGUAUCAAGGGGGCAGCCACAGGUUUCUACAUCUGCAUGAACAAGAAGGGGAAGCUGAUUGGCAAGAGCAACGGCAAAGGCAAGGACUGUGUGUUCACGGAGAUCGUGCUGGAGAACAACUACACGGCGCUGCAGAACGCCAAGUACGAGGGCUGGUACAUGGCCUUCACCCGCAAGGGCCGCCCGCGCAAGGGCUCCAAGACGCGGCAGCACCAGCGCGAGGUGCACUUCAUGAAGAGGCUGCCCAAGGGCCACCAGACCACCGAGCCCCACAGACGCUUUGAGUUCCUCAACUACCCCUUCAACCGCAGGAGUAAAAGGACUAGAAACUCCAGCUCCAGAGCGGGCCCUUGAUGGGCCUGCCCCUGCCCCCCUCUGCCCGCAUCUCUCCUGGAGGAUGCUCCUCUGAGCUUGGUGGACUAUAUGUAGAGACUUUCCCAUAUGGGUAUU